AUGGCCACCGAACUCGGCCCUUCCAAGUUCACGGCUGAAAACCACAUCCUGCUGGACCAACCCUUACUUCGGCUGCCACACGAGCUCGUCAAGAGGAACUUCAAAAACACUCAGAGACUUUACGAGAGAGAGCGGGAGCAUAUCCUGCCGACACUCAAGGAUGCAGCCAAUGCAUCUCUUACUUCGGGACAGGCCCCAGAGCAGACGCUCGCCUCACUUGAUGCCAUGAUUGCUAGAAUGCAGAACUUCAAGCGAAAACUGGACAAGCUCAGCUCGGAAGAGGACGAAUUACACGAGCACACAUCCAAGCGAAUAAAACAUUUGCAGGAUCUUUUCCAGAUCACCUCGCUCAGCGAUGUGAAAUACGACGAGUGGUCUCGUACAAGAUUAGACCGCCUCCUCGUUGACCACCUCCUCCGGUCGGGUUACUCGAAGACAGCAUCUUCAUUGGCCGAAGCGAAACAAAUAUCACACCUGAUAGACCUCGAGACUUUCACAGCAUGUCAUAGGAUCGCAGCAUCAUUGGGACGGGGAGAAACAAAGGAGGCUUUGACAUGGCUUAAUGAAAAUCGGAACUCGCUCAAGAAGCUGAUCAAAGCGCCCUUGAAGACUACAACACUCGAGUUUGAGCUGCGGCUGCAACAGUACAUUGAGCUGGUACGAGCGAACAAGUCAAUCGAAGCCAGAGAGCAUGCCGCGACAUACCUCUACCCUCACUCGGAAAGUCGACCAGAGCCAGUGUUUCAAGCGGCCGGCCUCCUAGCACAGCCUCCAGAAACACUGGCGGAACCCUACAAGCAGCUUUUCAGUGCUGCGCGCUGGCCGUAUCUCUCGAGCUUAUUUGUCGAGACGCAUCAUACCCUACUGACCAUACCUGUGCAACCUCUUCUACAUGUGGCGUUGUCUGCCGGCUUGUCUGCCCUCAAGACGCCGGCUUGUCAUUCUGCUUUCAAUCCAGCAUCGUCAAGCACACCUGGGCAUGCUCGAAUAGCGACUAACACGUCGCUAUGUCCCAUAUGUUCAAUGGAGCUCAAUGAUCUAGCCCGCAAUGUGCCUUAUGCACAUCAUACUACAAGCUCGGUGGAGUCAGACCCGGUUGUACUGCCGAACGGUCGAAUAUAUGGUCGCGCCAGGCUCGAAGAGUUGCAGCGAAAGCUAACCAUGGCUGGUGUCGGGGGAGAGUCCGUUGCAGAAACGGGAAUCGGCAAGGAAGGUGAGGUAGUGGAUCCGACUACAGGCGAGAAGUUUGGAUGGCACGAGGUCAAGAAGGUGUACAUUACAUAG